AGUGUUGACAGGAUGCGCGGACACAAUGCGCGCGCAACUUAUCGCCAUUUUGAAUUUCCAUCCCGCAUCUGUUACCAUAGAAGGGGGAACAUUUAGAGCUUAACAGCUGUGAACGCGAAAUACUGCUCAUCCCUAAGGAUAUUCAAAUAAUUUAGUUAAAACAUUUUUCAAGUAAACGCACACAAGCUGCUCAUGACAAUGGAGCGGUUGCUUUAAUUUGUUAGUUUAACAAAAGUAUACAACAUAAAACAGUAAGUUACGAAAUAGCAUUUCUGAAUUAUCGAUUGAUUUGUUCGUAACAAAUCUACGCAGCACGCAUUCGUGUUUGCUUGACUUCCCAUCCAUAUAAAUUUCAAAGUGGGCUAAAUGUGUAUAGCCUUGUGAGAUCCGCGACAGUGAAGAAAAUCGAUAAGCAAGUACUUUCCUGUAGCCUUGCCGACUGUAAGGCGAAGAUAGUUCUCGAGGUUAAUUUGUAAAGGCUAAACAGUUCCUUCGAUAGCCUUCUUUGCAUCUCAUUUACUAGGAAACACAGGAAGACUGUUCAAAGAUGACUGGCGAAGCAAAAUGGCAGAAAGAUGCUGCGGAUCAGAACUUCGAUUACAUGUUCAAACUGUUGAUCAUAGGAAACAGCUCAGUAGGAAAAACUAGUUUCCUCUUCCGAUAUGCAGACGAUUCCUUCACUUCAGCCUUUGUGUCUACCGUUGGUAUCGACUUCAAAGUGAAAACGGUUUUCCGGCACGAUAAGCGCGUCAAAUUGCAAAUAUGGGAUACUGCAGGUCAGGAACGCUACCGUACCAUCACGACUGCCUAUUAUCGAGGUGCUAUGGGCUUCAUUCUGAUGUAUGAUAUUACUAACGAAGAAAGUUUCAACAGCGUACAGGACUGGGUUACCCAGAUCAAGACAUAUUCGUGGGAUAAUGCUCAAGUUAUUCUCGUCGGAAACAAAUGUGACAUGGAAGAAGAACGUGUAGUUAGCGCGGAGCGUGGACGACAGUUGGCUGAUCAACUGGGUGUCGAGUUUUAUGAAACAAGCGCAAAAGAAAAUAUAAACGUCAAGGCUGUAUUCGAGCGACUAGUUGAUAUAAUCUGCGACAAGAUGUCCGAAAGUCUUGAUUCGGAGCCAGCGAUGUUGGCCGGAGGAGCCCGUGGUCAGCGUCUCACGGAGCAGCCUCAAGGAAGCAACAAUCCUAACUGUAACUGCUAAUAAAAUUAUUCACUGAAAAAGAUAAAAUUACUGAUUCAUUUGAUUUAUUAUAAACGGAGUUUCGUCUUAAACAAUUUAAUAAUGAACAGAAUAUUAUCAAAAUCAGUACAUAACUAUUUGUUUCUUGAUAUUUACAUUGAAAUAUUUCAAACAAAUGUAACGUAAAUUUAGACGAUUUUAAAAAUUUUAAGUACAUUUUCAACCAAUAUAAUUAUAAUAUAAAUUAUUCAAAUACUGUUACGUCAAUCUUGAAUAAAAUUAUAUGUAUUAACCAAAUAGAUUGGCUGUUAAAAAUUAUGUAUUAUUAAAAUGAAAUUAUUGUAAUAGUAUUAUUAUCUUAUAGAUGUUACUUAGCUAUAUAUGUGUAUACUGCGAGCUGGAGUAGGGAUCUGACAAUUUACGUCAUUUAAAUAUUUAUUUGCACGAAAAUUGUUUAACUAAACAAAUUGUAACUUAACAAGAAAAAUACGAUGCUAUUAUGAAUUAUUUGAGAAUAUUAUAAUCUAAAGCUUCAAAAUAUCUUGGACCAAAGCUGAUUUUGAAAAAUAAACCUUAAACCAGAUGUUCAAACUGCGCAAAAAGAUUUUGAUAUAUAGUUUUAGAUUGAAUCAUUUGAGGAACAACAUAAUAUUAAAGUUUAUAAACUCUAACAGCAAAACUCUUAAGAUUAAAGCUUUUUUUUUUUAUGGCAACAAAUAGUAUAAUGUUUAAAGUAGAUAAUUAAUAUAUUUAAUUUUCUAAAAUCGAAGGAAAAAUAAUCCGUAUUAAGCUAUAUAUUUUUGUUGGGCGGAGAUUAUAAACUUUGAUUCUUGUUAUCCUCGUUUAGUUUUUGAUACUUCUUGUCUAUGGAUUACGAAUGCUUCUGUUACUUUUUGCUACUAAUCAACAUGUAUUUAGAUGUUUUAGUGACGGUAUUUACUAGAACAACGUCAUUUGAUUAUUAAGUAGUUGAUAUUAAUCGAUGUUUGUUGUUAUACUUUGAUGUAAUCUAUCUUAUUAAUCGUGUUACCUAGUGUUGACAAAAUUUAACAGGAACAAAACUUUAUUGCAAGAUUACUCGGCCUCAAGAAAAAUUGGAAUAAUACGUGUCUAAUCUUUAAAAAAAUAUACUGAUUAUCUAGAAUGUGUAAAUACGUUAACCGAUGUAUAAAUGAAUGUAUAGUAUUAUCUACCUAUAUAAUAUAAACUCUCUUUGUAUUCUUGUUACUACGCUACGUUAAAAUCUUACUAUAGGUGUUAUUAUUUGAACAUUAGCGUAAGAAUGGUCAAAGUGUUUCAGUUAAUCGUUGUCUCAUCUCAGGCUGUUACUUAAGAAGAAAAAAAUAUUAAUUUUUAAGUCACUUGUGUGACGUCUUCGUAAUCAUAUUUAAAUAUAUCGACGCUUGAAAGGCAAACGUGACUAAGCGGCAAUGCGUGAACUUUACAGUAGACUACUUUAAAGUUGAAAUACCUGAAAACAAAAUUUAUUUUAACGAAUCUAGCUGUAGUAGAAUCUAGCUAGUAGCUGUAGGAUUGAAAUGAUUUUAAUAGACCUAGAAAUUUUUUUUUUUGCGCAUAGAAUAUGGUUAUUGCCUAUCAUUUAUGUACAAAGCAGUUAUUGUCGCAGUCACAUUUACCUUUCAAUCGUCGAUAUUGUUGUAUUAGUUCGCACGAUGGUUACAGGAACAGAUUAGGAUCAGUUGUCGAAGUUUGUUGGAGGUCUAUAUCCGGUGGUGGUCAUCGUUCGACUGAUGAUCGAUCCAUUUGCUUAAUGUCCAUGUAGUUCAUGCUUUAGGAUGAGUAUUUCUCAUGCAAAUAGGAAACCGUACAUAGUUUUUUUGCAAUAUUUUUGAAGACAUUCGAGUAAAAUUUGGCAGCAUAUUAGGAAUUUGUAUGUUAAUGGAAUGAACAAUGUUUGGAUUUAAAUCGUUCUCUCGACUGCUUACAUAAGCUUGUUAGAAAUUGUAUGAGUAUUUGCUUAAAAUUGUUUUUGAUGUCACACAUAAUAGUUUAAAUGUUUUUUAAGCUAGUGUUUGACCUUAUCUGUAGAGGAACUAGACAAUACAUGUUAAAAAUUACAUUUUGUUGAUGACAUGAGCACAUUAUUUUUAGAGUCUAACUAUAUACCUACUAGAAAAUAUUAGUUAAUAAACAUAAUUAUGAUAAUCUUCGUUAUGAGAUGUAAACAAAUAUACGUAUUUACUUACCGUUUUAAUAUUAACUUAUUGCUUUUAUAAAUAUAAAAAGCGCGGAGGUAUGAACCAUACCAAAAUUGCUUCAGAGGACACUUUUAUCGUUCUAUUUAAAAAAAAAAACAUAUAAUACAAAAACAAGAAAAGAUGUUUUUUUAAGCAAAAAUUUGAUUAUUUAAAAAAUUGACAUUUAGCACUCAUCAAUAUUCACAAAUCAAAAGUCAAUUCAUUCAGAAUUAAUUAUACUCAGUCAGCCCAUGUCACUGAAUUAAAAACGAAUGAAGUUAACAUGACAUGACAGAUCAAAUUUAAAAGUUCAGAGGCUUCGAUGUCGAAAUAAAGUAGAAAGUAUAAUAUCUAGAUGAGUGGAGGUUCUUUUCUUAAUGAACGAAGAUGCAUAUCGUAGUGAUGGGCUUAAUGUAGCACUACUUAGAAGAAUUUAGUGAAUGCAAGACUAUGCUUUUCUUUCGUUCUCUUAGGAAAAACUAAUAUUAUGAUAAUCAGAAAAUAUGAUUUUAAAGAUGUUUUCAUAUUCAUAUAAAAUCAUUUAUUCUUAUUGGUGUCAUAAACAUGUAAUCAAUUAGACGUGUUCUCAUUAUGUGUGUUAAAGUAUUUGUUGUGCGUUGAUAAAGGAUUUAUUUAAAAAUACACAAUGUAAGAGAUUCACGAAAAUAUAUUAUAAAUAUUGAAUGGGA